UGUUAAAACUACACAUCUCGGAGAAAGAACUACAACGUUGUUGUAGUUCUGCCUUGCGCAGAAGGGCUUUAGAGCCCUUUAAAUGUAGCCUACAGUACGUGCAAAGAUGGCAUCUCAAGCCGACUCGGUACAUGCGCAACAUGUGAAAGCAAGGGUAAAUGACAUCCUCGCCCGAUUAACGCAAGAGAAGAAAAAGAAGACAAAAAGGGACGCGUUGGCGCAGCCCCUGAAACACGAGCGGACGGAUAGAGACGCGAAGAAAGUGGAGCUCAAUCCUCUCCGGCAUCACGACCACCACCACCAACAGCAGCCUGCAGAGCCACGGGAGCACCAACAGCUGCACAAAAACCAAAUACAUAACAACUUUUGCUCUGAAAAACCUUCCACGCUGCCAAACCAUUACCACCAUCACCACCACCAUCAUCUCCAUCACAGCAGCCGCACCAACGGCGCAAAGAAGAAUGCACCACCUGCCUCCUCGCAGAAGGUACCGCCGCACAAACCGGCAAAGAAGCGGCCGUUGCCUCCCACUCCUCUUCCGUUAUUUACUUUUCCGCCUCUCAGAGGGGCCAAGGUCAAGACGCAGGGGCGCACUGAGCCGCGUCGGGAGAAGGACCACCGGCCCAACGGGAAGAAUGAAAACACCGGGGCCAACGUGACACACACAGAGCUGAAGAAACCACAGCGAGGUGAGUCACGGCCUCGCGACGAGAAUGUUAAAUCCCAAGCGCUGCUGGCGGAAUACCUCCUGAAGAAGUCAAAGAAGAGGAAGAGGAGGCAUCACAGCGAAGAUGAAGACCAGCCCAGCAGCGGGAAGCUCAGCGGCGUCGUGCGCCACAUGGAGGUGCAGACCGUGUGCACGGGACCGGCAGCCGACCUCACCUUGUCCCCCGCUCACCCUGCUCCUCCUCCUCCUCCUCCUGACCAGGAAGGUCGGCCCGAUCACCGCCACCACCAUCCCCAUCAUCCCCCAGACCAUCCUCCUCACCCUCAGGACCACGCCCACCUCCGCACCCCCAGGGCUCCGUUCCUCUCCCAUCAGGACCACUCCAUCCGCAGCGCGUGCCUUCAGACGGGCGGCUGGCACGGCCGCUUCAUGCACGAGGAGCGGCAGGCCAACGGCGGCGGCCGGGUCCUCCACGCCUACGCCGACGAGCUGGCCUCGCUGGGGGCCGACCACCUGAGGGCCUUCGCCGGGGAGUUCAUGGAGCGGGCGUUCGCCGAGACGGGCCGCAGCCAUCGGGGGAAGAGGAGGCCGGCCGGGGCCCGCUACGCCCUGGCGGUGGUCCACGGGGCCGCCGCCUACCUGCCGGACUUCCUGGACUACUUUGCGUUCAACUUCCCCCACACGCCGGUGAAGAUGGAGCUGCUGGGAAAGAAGGACAUCGAGACCACCACCAUCGCCGACUUCCACGCCCAGGUGAGCCAGAGCUACUGCUCGGGGACGUACCGGGCCGGGCCCAUGAGGCAGAUCAGCCUGGUGGGGGCCGUGGACGAGGAGGUGGGCGACUACUUCCCAGAGUUCCUGGACAUGCUGGAGGAGUCUCCCUUUCUCAAGAUGACCCUCCCAUGGGGCAGCCUCUCCAGUCUGAAGCUGGAGUGCAGGUCCCAGAGCGACGACGGGCCCAUCAUGUGGGUGCGCCCCGGGGAGCAGAUGGUGCCCACCGCAGACGUGCCCAAGUCCCCCUUUAAGCAGCGCAGGACCAUGAACGAGAUCAAGAACCUGCACUACCGGCCGCGGAGCAGUGCACCCAGAGAGGUGCUGUUUGAGGACCGCACCAAGGCCCACGCCGACCAUGUGGGACAGAGCUUCGACUGGCAGAGCACGGCAGCGGUCGGCGUCCUCAAGGCCGUCCAGUUUGGAGAACGUGGUAACCGGCCUCGGAUCACCAAAGACGUGGUGUGUUUUCAAGCGGGAGACUUCAACGAUGUGGUGCAGAGGCUGCAGCUGGACCUCUAUGAGCCCCCAGUGUCUCAGUGUGUGCAGUGGGUGGACGACGGGAAGCUGAACCAGCUGCGGCGCGAGGGCAUCCACUACGUGCGCACGCAGCUCUGCCACGACGACAUCUACUUCAUCCCCCGCAACGUCAUCCACCAGUUCAAGACGGUGUCGGCCGUCUGCAGCCUGGCCUGGCACAUCCGCCUGCAGCAGUACACCGCCACGGAGGAGGAGGAGGAGAUGGUGGAGGGGGGAGGGGAGGGGGAGAAAGGAGGGUCUGAUACCACCGCGACCGUCCGAGCCCGCCCGCAGUUGGAUGGAGGGGGGUCCCGGGCCGAGGGGCCCACGUUCCAGAGACCCGCGGUCCCCUCGCCUCGCAAGCCACCGAGGGAGGCUUCCCCCCCGCCUGCUCUGUCAGGCCGUAUGCCCCCCCCACUGCCACCGUCGCACAGGGACCCUCCCCCUCACCGGGCACCCCGGUUCGGCUCUGGAGGCACUCCGUCCCCCCUGCCUUGUCUGGCUCUUCCUUAGCCCCCCCCCACAAACACACAUGUCGGCUCAUCAGACCCCUUCAAGAGACGGUCUGAGGACUUUGUCAUAGACCCCUCCCUGCCUCUCUCCAACACUCUCUAGUCCUGAAUUUCCUUACCACUUCUAUCACUGGUUGACUUUGAUUUAAAUCAACGAGAUUGAAGUUUCCUCCCUUAACCUAUUGUUCACUGUAUCUUUUUAAAAGAUGCCUCCAUUUUCUCUAUGUAUAUUUCUAAAGAAAACAUACAAUCAGUAGCUAAAUUAUUUAGCUAAGCUAUUUAUUUUCUCUUUACUCCUAGGGUGAUUAAUGAAGCAAAUACAAGUUGAUGUGCAAAGACAGAUAUUUUUGUGAUUGGACUGGAUAUUAAAUGUUAAUGAAACACCUGAACCCCUUUUUUGGGGAACACACUUACCACAAUACUUUUUACUGAAAAUGUUCAAGUCGUUAAACGGGGGGGGGGGGAUUCUCUGUAAAAUAGGAGGGGUCUGCUAUACUUAUCUGCGCCCCCUUCUCAAGCGAGAGGGCCCCUUGCACCUGCUGCUGUGAAACCCAAUGCCCAACCUCUUUUUUCUUUGCCUCCCAAUUAUUAUGUUUUCAUCUGCUGGGCGGAUGUUGUAGUAAAAAGGGCCUUUCAAUCCUGCAUACACCAGGCACAUUACACAUGGAUAAGACAUACACGAUACGCUGUUCCUAGUUCAUGCACAUAGUAUAUGCUUUGAAGAAUAUACACUUAUUUUCUAAAUGCCUUUUACAAAAAAGAUAUUUUGUACAGAGACCCCGUGGACACUUUUUGAUUCUGUGUUUGGAUAUUCAUAAGAUGGCACAUUAAUAUAUGAAAGUAAAUGUUGUUUUUUGUUACCACUGAUGAUACAGUGUUGCAGAUGUGGACCAUUCUAUCACAGCUUAUAGACCUAAUUGAAAUGUUAUUAUUGUCAUGAAAUUGAAUAUUUGAAUUUGAACAGUGCAGUUAAAUCAGCACAAUGUAUGUUUUCCAAUUAUCAGCCUACAGUGGCUUGAGGUGUAGCUACAUUUAUAGAGUGGGUCAAAUGUACGCAUAUAAUGUAUACGCAUUUAAAAAUGUCAGAUUUGAUAUAAAACUCAUUAACUAUGUUCUCCUAGA